AUGGUCUACAAGGGCAGCCACUUUGACCCGAACUACCACCUCAAAAAGAAUUUUAACAGGAGUUUCCAGGAAUCUAGCUACGACAGCGGCAACUUCUACCCCAAUAACAAUAACAAUAACAGCUUCAACCGCAACAACUACAACCACAACCACAGUUACACCGCACCAACACCACUAUCGCUACCACCGCCACCGCCACCACCCACAGGAUGGACCAACAACGCCUUUCCCUCCCACCACUACGGCAACAACAAGCAGAACUCAGAACGCUACACUCCGUCCUCGUCCUCCAAGAAAAAAACCCGUAGGAAUGGUCGUCCAGGGAAAGAAGCCGCAGGUAGUAACAACAACACCUCAUACACAACUACCGACAACAAAAACAAUAACAAAAACAACAAUAACAGCAACAGCAGCAGCAGCGUCAACAGCAGCAUCAGCAUAAGCAACAGUAACAGCAACAGCAACAGCAACAACAUUAACAGCAACAGCAACAGCAACAACAAAAAUAACAACAACAACAACAUCGGCGGCGGCAGCAGUAGCAGCAGUACCAGUGGUAACGCGAAGAAGCUCAAGACGCCUUUGGAAAAGCUGAGUAAAAUGGAGGACCAUCUUGAAAGGAACCCGAACGACAAGCUGGCACAUGUUAACGCAUACAGGAUCUAUGGUGGCAACAUCAGCAAGGCUCCUACGGGUCGUGAAUGGUCAAGAACUCCUACAUUGGCCCCACAGGACAACGACAUGGACAAUACCGACAAGGAUGAGGCAGAACUCCAGCAGCAAGAGCAACAUCAACAGCAGCAGUGGUCAUCACUGUCGGCACAGGCAGCAAUACCAUACCAGAACUUGCAUCAAAAUUGGAAUGCCACGGAGAACAAUCAUCACGACCAAAACAAGACCCGGCAGAGCUCUGUGGCCACGACAUCCUCAAUAACAACAACACCAACACCAACACCAACCGACAACCGGAACCCUUGGACCCGAUCACCCUCCGCACUAUCGUCCCCAAGCCAAAUGGAGUCUCCAGCAUCAAGUACGACGGAGAUCUACCCUGAACUGUCUCCACUCCAGGUUGUCGACGAGAAAAUCAAUGAUCUGGACCACCUGUGGAAGUCUGGCAACGACAAACUCAGUCAGACGGUCAAGGUGGCAGAGCAGAGUGUGCUCACCUGCGUGCUCCGGCAAGUUGUGGAGGAGAUCAAGAUAUAUGCGGUCCUCCGGGAGAUGUUACAGAGUCAAGGCUUUAAAGGACAGAUCGACUCCAUUGGAACACUGACCGAGAUGAUGCAACAGUUGGAGGCUACGAGAAAGUUCGACAUCACCUGUCUUCAGCCUGGAGUACCUAUCCCAGACAUUCCCCUCGACCAAAGCGUUCAGGCCAUGGAUGCUAUGAAACCUCUUCUGACAACGAGCAACGGAGAAGAGUCAAUGGCAAUGCAUGUGCCAGAUAUAGCAGCGCCGCCACCACCACCACCACCACCAUACAAUGUCGAGGAACCAGCAACGGUAUCAUCCGACCAACCGCACUUGGCAAACGCAAGUAAUCCCAGGAAACGAGCAUUAGAGCAGACGGAUUCUGACCAGACGCAAGGCAGCAAGGCAACAAUAUACCACGACAUGGAUAGUAGCGUGACUGAGGAUAGAGAAGUGCAUCAGUCUAGUUUGGAUGCGACUACAACGACACCAACGACACUAACGACAAUCACAACCUUACCAGCUCUUGAUCGACCCUAUACGUCUAGCAGAGUGGAACUCCAGGUGGCAUCAAUGACGUCGUCGUCUUUGUCGCUCAACUCGCGGUCAUCUAGCAUAUCCUCAACCUCAACUACCAGGACCUCGAAGAGGGACAGGCUAAUGCCAAACAAGCCAGCCGGGAACGCGCCGCCAGGCAGCAGUCGCACGGAUUCUCCAGCGCUACAACAAAGCAACUCUGUUCCUCCAGCGUUGACCAACUCAAUCCCAGCAAGUGGAAACACGGAACAAGCUAUCGGCACAACCAGCGGUCGUAUCAGUAAUGGAGGUCGUGCGAUGAUGGAUAUUGAAAAGGAACUGCGACUGAUUCGAGAGGAAGGGCAGGAACAGCGACUCCGGACGGAACAAUUACUGGCCCAACUCGAGUCUGAGGCCCGACUGCGGCGGGAAGCAGACCAUCGGGUCUCGCAGCUGGCACAAGAGCUCCAGAACGAACGCUACUUGACUCUAGAAAAGGACUUGGAAUCGAAGCGGUCCGAAGCCCUACUGAUGAUGGCUAAAGCCCGCGAGGAUAUUCAACAGAGCAAAGUGUUGAUUGCUCAAGCCAAGGAGGAACUUGCAUUGGAACGGGCUGCCAGGGCAGAGGCGAUGAUUGAGACUGCCAGGAUUGAGAUUGAACGGAAUAGGCUGUUGGCGUAUGUGCAGAGCCUUGGUGGACCUACUGCAGUCAUGCCUGGAGGUCUUUUCGUGGGCGGCAUGAUGGCUUUGCCUCCCACUAGUGCUGCCACCCUUUCGGCACGAUUUCCUUCGCCGGCUGGAUCGGAUGGAGGAGUGUUGGCGACUACACCAGGUUCAGGAGGAUCACCAUCAGUCGUCGAUGAUGAAACUCCUUCUGGUGAAGUUAAUCGGAACUGUCUUAUCGAAACUGCAAUUCCGGUGAAGGUGGAGGGCUCCUUGUAA